AUAUGAGAAUGACCUUGGUCUUGGUCCGUGGAUUUAGAAUCAAUUUUUUUCUCUUCAUUUAAUAGAUUUUAAAUCCACGGACCAAGAACGUCCAAGAACAUUCUCGUACAUGAACCUGCUCUGUUCACCCAUUCUUGCAUGUCCAAAAACCAUUCUCUUAGAUGCUCAAACCCACCUGCAACUACUUGUAAGUUCCAUCAAAAUUUCCCUUGUCAUCCUCAUUUUUCCUAUAUAUGUAUGUAACCAUCUUUACAUGUCCAAAAAUCUUUCUCUUAGAUGCUUCAACCCACCUGCAAUUCCUCGUAUUCCAUCAACAAAAUUUCCCUUAUCGUCCUCAAUUUUCCUAUGUGUGUAUCCAUCUUUACAUGUCCAAAAACCUUUCUUUUAGAUGGUUAAACCCACCUGCAACUCCUUGUAAGUUCCAUCAACAAUUCCCUUGUCAUCCUCAUUUUUCCUCUCCUCGAUCAUAGCCAUGUCCAGAAAAUUGGAUCUAUUUGAUUUACUUCCCGAAACCAUUCUAUUCCUCAUAGUGUCAUAUCUUCCAUUCAAGGAUGCAGCCAAGACAUCCAUACUCUCCAAGAGAUGGAGAUACAUAUGGCACGCCACUACAAAUAUCGAGUUCAUUGAGAGCUUCUUCAGGAGGCCACAUAUGCUUCAUGGUGGUGGAAGAGAGAGUCAGAAGAGGGCUUUCAUCAACUACGUUGGAAAAUGGAUGAUGCAGUACCAAGAACCCAAGGUAGAUAGGUUCCGAUUAUCGUUCUCUUGCCCUAAUGAGUUUCAUACAGACAUUGAACAGUGGAUUAGGGUAGUUGUAAAUAGGAAUGUUGAGGAACUAGAUCUCAGCUUCUAUUGGUUUGGAUGGGAAGGAAGGUUUCCACCUUAUCAUGCAACUUUGUUCGAUCUACCCUCUUGUUUGUAUGAACAUGGAACACUCCAGUCAUUGAUCUUAGCUGCUUGCAAUCUCAAUGAUUCAAUGAUAAAAAACUUUAGCUCAUUGAAGAACCUCUCACUUGAGUGCAUCAGACUAAAGGAAACAUUUUUUGUGAAUAUGCUUCCAAAUUGUCCAUCACUUGAAAGCUUGAGUCUCAAGAGGUGUGUUGGUCUCAAUGAAAUGAACUUGGAGGAAAGAACAGCUAUGAAGCUGAGAAAAUUGUGUAUAUGUCAUUGUUCUCCCCUUCGAAGCACGAUCAAAAUCUCCACACCAAGUCUUAGAUUUUUCAAGUAUUCUGGUUCAAUCCAAAGCUUACUACUACAACACUUGACAAGCAUUGAGGAGGCUGAUAUUGAUUUUGGGUAUGCAUAUGUACGCACGGAUGAGUUUCGAUACCUCCUUUGUAUCAUUCUUUGGCAUCUUCAUCUUGCAAAGUGCUUAAUUGUCUGCUCUUAUGUGCCUCAGGUUCUUCACAAUAGGUUACUGGAUUUUAUUCCACCUCCUGUACCCCUUGAAGCUAGGCAUUUGAUCAUGAAGGUUGGAUUGCAAGAAAGAGAAUUACCUGGGAUCUUGGCAUUGCUCAUGUAUUGCCCCAAGUUAAACACUCUAACAAUUAAAAUGGGACAUGUGAAAUUCAGAGAUGAUGGUGACCCUUCUGUUGAGUUUGAUUUUAAAGCAUUUUGUAGAGAACGUGAAGUGGGUUUUCAAUGCUUGAGAGAAAAUUUAAAGGUGAUAGAGGUAGAUCUCUAUCAAGGGAUGAAAUCUGAAGAAGAACUACUGCGGUAUCUACUAAAAGAAGCUCAAGUCCUGGAAAGGAUAACUAUAACUACCUGUAAGGAAAUGGAUCCUGAUGAUGCAUAUCCUGAUUUGUACUUUCGAAAUGCUCUAAGGGUUCGAGAUUUUGAGAAAGCUUCUCAUAACCUGUUGGUUUCAAUCCUCUAAAGUGAAAAUUAAGCUACAUGUUCAAAAUGCUGAAAUGAUGAUGAGUGAGAGAUUAGGGAUUCUAUUUUGUUAGGACAGUGUCUGGACCCUUUCCCUUGGUUCUCUGUUUUUGUUUGUCUUCCCUAAUAGUAGUUUGUUGUUGCCGUUGUUGUCAGUAUAUGUGCUUCUCCAUUCUCAUCUCAUCAUCAGUAAGUUUGUGUGUUUGUAUUGUGUAUACAUUCAAGUGUUUCUUUGAAUUUUAGUUUUAAUAUCAUCUUUUCGA